ACAUAUUGUCUUUGGGAACAUUCCAGCGAGCCUCCAUCCACCCUCCAACAAUCAUUGGUCCUUCGAGCCGGAUCUUCGCCUUCCCUAUAAGGAGGAGUCCAACCUGCAAGCAUCGGUGGAUUACAUCGCUACGUUCCGAAGAUAAUUCAUUUUUCAUCCAGAUCCUGAUGGCUCCACAAUCCCGUGUCAAUCACACCUCAGGGAGCAGACGCUCCCGAGUACAAGCUACCUACCGCUGCCGAGUCUGCUCCGGAAGCCAUCCACUACGAGACUGCCGUAGCUUCCUCAAGCUGAGCGUGGCGAAGAGGCUCCGAGCCGUGCUGGUCAACAAAUACUGCCGAAACUGCCUGGCUCAUCAGCACUCUGGCAAGGAUUGCCGAAGUGGUGGCCGGUGCAAGGUGUGCCACAAGGACCAUCACACGCUGCUCCACAUGCGACCGUCCCAGCGCCCAGCCCGCUCGGAGUCGCCAGCUCCGUCUCCAGCUCCGUCUCCAGCUCCGUCUCCAGCUCCGUCUCCAGCUCCGGUGUCCCGAGCCGAUCGCCGCCCCCGUUCUCCGGAAAGACGCCCCAAGCCGGGGCCCUCCCGGCGGCCAGCCCGCUCAAAGUCGUCGGCCGCGACUCCAGGUCCGUCUCCAGCUCCGAUGUCCCACACCGAUCGCCGCCAACGGGUUCCCGCAAGACGCCCAAAGACGUGGCCCUCUCAGCGCCCAGCCCGCUCGGAGUCGUCAGCCGUGACUCCAGGUCCGUCUCCAGCUCCAGUGUCCCGAGCCGAUCGCCGACCCAUCGUGGGUCAUCCGGCUCCAUCGGUCGAUACGCUGUUGCAGCACCGAAGCAUCAACUGCCUCCCGACAGCCCGAGUGGUCUUGGACACGGGAACGAAAACCCACGAGACGACGGCGCUCAUCGACCCAUGCACGCCUGUGAGCUGCAUUGACGCUUCCUUGGCCGCCGAUUUAAAGUUGCCCAGCACGCGCAUCGGAGCGGAGAAGGUGGCCACAGCCAUUAUCCGCGCCAGGACCGGCGAUGUCCAAUUGGACGUGGUCCUCAAACUGGCGCCCCGCUUACGCGUCCGCACGCCGCUGCGACCCUUGAGCGAGGCGACUCGGGUCAGAUUCAACGACAUCAGCCUUGCCAAUGAGCAUUUCCAUCGCCCGGCCACCGUCUCUCUCGUCUUGGGAGCGGAUGUCUACCAGAAGGUGAUCCAACCCGGGUUCCUUGCUCGAGGAGACGGCCUUCCAGUGGCCCAAAGCACCGUUUUCGGAUGGAUUGUGUCCGGGGCCUGUACGCAGCCAUAGGAGGUGAUGUUGCAGUCCUGCAAGGGGGGGGAGGAUGUUUAGGGCAGCAGCGCGGUUAACAGCGCUCUGUUAGCUCGCGCGCUCUCCCAUGCCCUUCGCUCUCGCGCGGCGUGGACGCGAUCCACUCGGCGCUCCAUCACGGGCGCUAGCCGUAGGCCGAGCGGGAGAGAACAGUCUCUCGACACCUACGCGCCUUUACACAAUCGUCAUCAACCCUCAGCUUGUACCAGCAAAUACACGCCCAUUAUAUUUGACG